UAUUAGAAGAGGGUGAACAUUAUAAAUUAUAAAGUAAUAAAACCGUAUAAUAUUUCUUACAUGUAAAAAGGAAAAACCAUGGUUGUAAUUGUUAAAUUUAUUUAUUUUAUUAUUAUCUUUCUUUCUUUAAUUCUUGUUGCAGUGAACUCUGGAAGUUCUAUUGAUUGUCACCAAGAUUUUCACUGUCCAUAUGAUAUGUGCCCAUAUCCUUUAAAUCCGAAGUGUUUUAUUGUGCCCUUUUCUGAAAGUGGAAUAUGUGCAUGUCGUUAAUUGAAAGAUGUGCACUUAUGCUCUUCCUAUAAAUUUCUAUGACUGGCCAUUAGUUAUUAAAUUGGCUUCUAAUAAUUAUAUAUAAGGACUUUGUAUUCUAACAGAAUAGUAAUGAAAUAAAAUAAAACAAUAACUGAUAUUAUUAAGUCGUCUUUUUUUUGUGUGCGCAGAAAGACUCACAAAUUAGAUUAUUUAGGAUGGGAGGACUACUAAUAAAUUAUUAAUAAUUUGUAUUAAAUUAAAAUAAUUUGUUUGAUCUUACCGAGCGGAUCAGAUGGCCAGCAACAAUGAAUGCUUGAAGUUCCGAGCGGUUGAGAGGGGAAAAAGGUGUUGUACCUGCAAGGCACUCCGAUGCCAAAGUUAGUAUGUAUUCCACAAGGUACAACAAAGUGAGAGAGUUUUUGGGGUAAGAAAAAUGUUACCUUGCCCUCUGUAUGUAGAGGGCUAUUUAUAGGAUGUUUUUGGAACGAAUUAGACUCCUCCUUCUAGGGCGGAUAUUUAGGAGACGCGUGGGCUGGUUGUUUACUGAGCACGAGGGAUCCUCGUGGUCGGUUACUUGGCACGUUUGCCCGGUCUGAUCGGAUGGAAACCGCCACGCGCGCUCUGAAGUGUAUUGGGCCGAAGGCGGGAAUGGCCCAAUUGAUUGGAUUGGGCCGGUCCAGAACAGGAGCCCCCCAAGUCGUUGCUUCCAGUCAGAGGAGAGACGACUUAUAUGAAGUUGACCCGGGGGUCUUUCUGGGAUCCGAGCCCAAGGUAUCCGAUGGAGGUAGGUCGUUCAUUUCCGAGGAGAGGAAGGGUCAGGUCGGGAGUGGGGAAGCGUGUUGUUUAGGAAAAGUUGGUGAGGGGGAACGUCGCAUUUAAUGCAAAAUGAUAGGUAAUCAAUUACCUAGGCUGUAGGGUUAAUGAUGACCAUCCCUCUGCACAGUCUGGCACGUGCGGCGCGUGAGCGGACUUAGGUAGCCUAUAAAUAGAGAAAAACCCUCAUUUUUUCCAAACUUUUCAAAUUCAUUUGCGUCGUUCUCCCUCCGUCGACUCUUUUCUCUUGCAGUGGUGUUUGUUACAGAUUUUUCAACUCUUCAUCAAAAUCGUAACUGUAUGUUUAACCUGUGAUCCAUGCUUUCUACAUUUCUAUGCUUUGAUCUUUAUUUAGAAUCGAUUGCAUGCGGUUAGCGUAAGCUUUUAGGAAGAUUUUUUUGAUGAACAUAGAUGAUGAAUGUGGUGGCGUACGGCGGAGAUAGGAGGUUUCUCCGUCGUCCAUGAGUGUGUUUUGUUGUAUUUAUCUUUAGAUUCUGGCUUUUUGUAUUGUUGAUAAGCGUUUGAUUAUGCUUUUUAGUGUUUUUUCUUCGUGCUCAUGCGUCGUAGUUAGAGGUCCUGCGUUUUUGCCCUUUUCCCGGGCGCGAGUUUCUUCUGGCUCGGUAUUUGUGGUUAUGGGGGGAGGCAAGGACGUAGUUCUUCUGGUCUCUAGGCCGUAGGCGUGCCCUUUCACUCUGGACGAUGGUGGAAGGGUGGAUUUGAUUUAAUUGUCGAAUUCACUGUUUUCCCCUGUGUUUCAGGUGAAAAUGGCUGAAGAGACUCGCCCGACGGCAUCAGGCUCGUCGUCUUCAACUCCUCUAGCCUGGCAGGAGGUGCCCCGAUCGGCUUGGGUGCACCCAGAGGCGUUGGACGUCGAGAGUUUCUUCGUGGAUGACGAUUCGGAUGUUUUUGCGGAGGUCGGAGAUGGAUGGUCGGUACUUAUCCCGGCCGAAGGAGAUCGUAUCUGCGACGUGUACUCUACUGAUCUGCUUCCUAUGUAUGAGGUCGUAUUCCGGGAGAUGGGAUUUCGGGGCCCCUUUACUGAGUUCUAGAUCGGCGUUCUUAACCACUUGGAGGUAGCCCCUUGUCAGCUUCAUCCUAACUCGAUUGCCUUCAUCCGGGCGUUUGAGUUGGUAUGUGCUCACUUGAAGAUAGGGGCGACUAUCCCUCUGUUCUUUUACAUAUUAUGUGUACAGCGCACGGUGCGAGAAGGUCGCUUUGGUUGGGUAUCUUUAAAGCAAUCCAAGAAGAUAUUCAAAUCUUACUCUAAUUCUCUGAAGCACUUUAAACCUCGCUUCUUUUUCAUCUGUCCUCAGUCUCAGGAGGCCCGAGAUAGCGUCUUUGCUCCGGUACCGACCUUGGACGUCCAUGGCCGUCCGGUGCUUAACGAUAUCGGGGAGUCAGUCACCUCGCGUCGGCAUCGCUUUAGGUUCUAUUGGUCCCGUGAUCAUUUCGAGUACCCCACUGAUCAGUACAUUACCAAGCUCUCUGAUUUAGAUGAGGAUGCUCGGGGAGAUUAUGCUAUUCUCCAGAAGUUUGUGCAGGGUCUUCCUCCUGUUGCUAAGGCGGAUCGGUCCGGGGCACCUGUGGUUGGUGAAGAUGGGCAAAUUAUUCGGGAGCCAGGAGUGAUCAAAUAAAGGAGCUGUUAGCUGAGGGCACUGAUGAGGGGGCUUUUACUAUCUGGGUAUUUGCCCCUUCGUUUUUUAUACCAUAUUUGUUUCGCUUUUUAUUGUUUUUCAUAGCUUUUUGAUAGUGAUUUUCUUGAUGGGCUGGCCUCUUAUGCUUUUUUCUUUUUCUUUGCAGAGGCUAUGGAUCGGGCACGUCAUGACCGAAUGCUCAGGAAGGCGAGCAAGUUGAAGGGGAUUGUAAAGAGGAGCGCUGGUCCUCGGUUGGCGGCUGUGCAAAGAUCCCCGGUUGCGGGUUCAGGUGCUUCUUCCUCCUCUGCUGGCGUCCCUGGUUCCCCUUCCAGGACUCCGGAUCAAGGUGAAUCCUUGAAGCCAGUUACGGUGCUUCCUUCUCCUCUCCGCCCAGAGCCUGAUCCGGACGCCUUGGUCUGCCGCAAGCGCCAGAGAACCGAAGCCGUGGAUCUUACUCAGGAUGAAGCUACUAACAUUUUUACCCUUCCUUCGUGCUUUCUUCAGCCCAGAUUCUUCGAGGGUGGUCCUUCCUUGAUUAUUCCGCGUGCUGAAUCUUUGCAUAUUGAGGGUUUGGAUCCUUCUGUUCGUCAAAGGUUCCUCGUGCAGGAUGCUUCGGCCGUGGUUCGUCUUUUGGAAAUGGCCACUCUCUAUGCUCGCUCGGCACCUUUGUCAGCGGAAGCAGCGAAGUUGCUUCAGGAGCAAGUCAAGAUGAGUGCCUCUACUUCGGAUGAGAAGGACCGAUUGCUGAAGGAGCAGGGCGAGGAACUGGGCGCGGUGAAGGCUCGGCUGGACCAAAAGGAGGCUGCUCUGAUGGACGUGCAAGGUCAAUAAACCUUGCUCUCCAGGACUUUGUAUGGAACAAUGCUGUCUUCUUCGGUUAGGGAGGCCUCUCUUCGCCGUUCUCUGGCUCCUGCUGAGGAUGAGUCGGAAGAGGAGAAGGCUCUUUUAACCAGGGCAGACUUGAUUCAAUAUAUCAGAUUCUUGGGGGGUGACUGUGUGGCGGCUGCCGAGGAUACCUAUAACUCCACUGUGGCUCAACUUAAAUUGAAGAAUCCAGGGGUGGAGUUGGUGAUCGAAGGUACCGGGCCUUACCACCGUGUGGAGGGCGACCAGAUUGUUUCUCCGGCCUUCGGGGAGGAGUCUGUGACCCAGGGAGCCGAGGAUGUCUAAGUCGAGGAAGGUGUUUGAAGAUUUUCUUUGUUUAAGUGUGGGGCCUGUGCGCCCGUAUUUUGAAAUGUUGUUAUUUCUAGGGGGUAUGCCCCCCAUUUUAAUCUUGUAUGCACAUUAACCAGCUCGGCCUAGAUGGCCGUAGUUGGGCAUAUUUGCGGGUUUUUUUGCCCGUUUUCAUUUAUCAUACUUAAUUUUUAACGCUUAUGUUUUGUUUUCUUUCAAACAUGUACGCAUGCGUUUUUUGGGAAACAUGUUUAUUGGUUCCCAACGUAUUUUCUCUUUAAGGCUUUGUUCGCUUCCCGAUAUUGUCGUUUCCCUUUUCCCAUAUAAAAGGAGGUCUUAUGGACCUCUCUUUCUUCAUUUCUCGCAGGCAUGGGUGGAGCUAACAAGAAGAAGGUGUCCUCAACCUCGUGUUCCCGUGGAGUGAAAAAGGUGAACGAGAAGAAGAAGGCUUCGACUGGCUAUGCUUCUCGCUCUCAUGGCUCUUUGAGUUCAGAUGCUCGUGCUCGGGAGACUGGUGUGAGAGUCGUGACUGACACGGAUGGUUCCGAGACCGAGUGGGAUGAAGAUUGGUAUCAGUAUGUUCACUCGGAGGAUUUUGCCAAUCGGGAGGAAUGAAGUGUUUUCUUUUCAUUUGAUGUUUGUUUUGUAAUUUCCCAUGCAUGGAUGAAUAAAACACCGUUGCUGUUCUUUUGUGUAUUUAUGUUGCAUUUUAUGAAGAUUUGCUCGACUUAUAACGUAUUGAUCGCCCAGUGUGUGGAACUGUGGUCGAUUGCCGGGGACAUGUGCCUGGCAUAUGGUGAGUCUCGGAUUUUGUUGU